AUCUACUAGCUGCACAGACCUGCCCGUGGAGCUGGCCUCCACGCCACCGAUUGCUUCAGGGGACUGGGAAACUUGCUGCACAGGAAACAAGGGAGGAAGUCACUCCGUGAAGAACUAUAGAGACAGAUGACAUUACCGCGAACUUGGGGUUGAAUCUGUUACGAAAGUGACUGUCUGCCCUACUAAGCGCGAAGACAGUGCUGCUGGGAGCGGGGCCGACUGGGGUCUCCAGGACGUGGUCUCCCUGAAGGAGCGGAUGGCGAGGUACCAGGCAGCCGUUUCCAGGCGCGACGGCCAUAGCUUCUCAGCGAACAUGAUGGAGGAAUCCACAAUGUGCACGGUGCCUGGUGGCUUGGCUGGAGUGAAGAAACGAUUUGAAAAGGAUGAAAUUAUUUCUUCUCGCGAUACUUUUUCUCAAUUCCAAUACCAACACCAGAACAGAACUGAACAGGAGGUAAUCCAUAGCAGUCAUGAAAGUAAGAAAAAUGAAGACAUUUCCAAGGCACAUGGGAUUGACUGUCUUGAAACAGAAAUGGUAUCUCAUCUUGAAAAGCACACUGAGGAAAUAAAUCAAGCUUCUCAGUUCAGUCAAUAUGUUCAAGAAACAGUCAUUGACACACCUGAUGAUGAAGAGAUACCUAAAGUUUCAACUAAGUCUUUAAAAGAGCAAUUUGAAAAGUGUGCCCAGGAAAAGGUCUUCUACUCUGACAAAGACACAACAAGCCCAGCUAAGCAGAUUAAGAUUGAAAGUGAAUAUGAAGAAAUUAUAAAGCCAACAUCAGUUGUGGGUACCUCUUCCUCUUCUUACACUUCAACCAGCAAGAGAAAGGAGACAUCAACCUCAAGCUGUAGUGAUCGAAAUGCUACUUACUCAGCUCUGGCACAAGUUAGUGCCACUGCUCCAGGAGAGACAGAAGAAUUUCCUCCUCCCCCACCUGAUGUGCUUCAAGUUCCAAUAGAUGUGACAGCAUCUUCCCAGUCCCCUGAACUCCCCAGCCCUGCUAGACGACUACCAGUCCCCAAAGAUGUCUAUUCCAAGCAAAGAAACUUGUAUGAAUUAAACCGUUUAUAUAAACACAUCCAUCCUGAGUUAAGAAAAAAUUUAGAGAAAGAUUAUAUCAGUGAGGUUUCUGAGAUUGUUUCCAGUCAAAAGGACACAGGAAGCUCAGUUUCAGCAGACGUGCAACAUGCCCGAUAUGUUUUUGAGAAUGCAAAUGAUAACUCUCAAAAAGAACUGAACUCUGAAAGAGAAUACUUGGAAUGGGAUGAAAUUCUGAAAGGGGAAGUGCAGUCUAUGAGGUGGAUUUUCGAGAAUCAGCCAUUAGAUUCCAUCAACAGUGGCUCUCCAGAGGACAGUCACAAUGCCAAGGGCAUUGCUGAUCAAGAAAUCAUUGCUGGAGGUGACGUAAAGUACACAACAUGGAUGUUUGAAACUCAACCCAUGGAUGCCCUGGGGGUUCAUUCUUCUGAAGGUAGAGUAAACGCUGACAAAAUUCCUGACCUGGCCAGAGGAGAUGUUUCCACAGCCCGCUGGAUGUUUGAAACAAAGUCAUUAGACUCUAUGAAUAAAAUGUACCAAAAUGAAGAAGAAUCAGCAUUAACUGCUACUAGGGACAUAACUGGGGGAGAUGUCAAAACUGUGAGAUAUAUGUUUGAGACUCAACAUCUGGAUCAACUUGGACAACUUCAUUCAGUAGAUGAAGUGAACUUACUUCAGCUCAGGUCUGAACUUAAAGAAAUUAAAGGAAAUGUUAAGAGAAGUAUAAAAUGUUUUGAAACCCAACCUUUGUAUGUUAUUAGAGAUGGUUUAGGUCAAAUGCUAGAAAUCAAAACUGUUCAUAGAGAAGAUAUUGAAAAAGGGGAUGUAAGAACAGCACGUUGGCUGUUUGAAACACAGCCUUUAGACACAAUCAAUAAGGAUAUCACAGAAAUUAAAAUUGUCCGAGGAAUAUCCAUGGAAGAAAAUGUCAAAGGUGGGGUGAGUAGAGCAAAGUGGUUAUUUGAAACUCAACCUUUGGAAAAAAUCAAAGAAGACUUGGAAGAGGUCAUCAUAGAAAAAGAAACAAUAAUAGGCACAGAUGUCUCCAAAAAGUGUUGGAUGUUUGAAACACAGCCAUUAGAUGUUCUAAAAGAAACUUCUGAUGCAAAUCCUGUAUUAGCUGAAGAGAUAAUAGGGGGUGAUGUACAAACCACCAAGCAUCUAUUUGAAACUCUUCCAAUAGAGGCCUUAAAAGAUAGUCCUGAUGUAGGAAAGCUUCAGAAAAUCACCACCUCUGAAGAAGAGAAAGGUGAUGUCAGGCACCAAAAAUGGAUUUUUGAAACUCAACCACUGGAAGAGAUUAGAGAAGAUAAAAAGGAAUACACACGAACUGUGAAGCUAGAAGAGGUGGAUAGGGGAGAUGUCAGAAAUUACACACGCAUCUUUGAAUCAAACAAUUUAAUUAAAUUUGAUGCAUCACAUAAAAUAGAAGUGGAAGGAGUCACAAGAGGUGCUGUGGAGUUAAAUAAAUCUCUCUUUGAGACUAUGCCACUGUAUGCCAUUCAAGAUCACCUUGGAAAAUACCAUCAAGUAAAGACAGUCCAGCAAGAAGAAAUCUUAAGAGGUGAUGUGAGGAGCUGCAGAUGGCUUUUUGAAACAAGGCCCAUUGACCAGUUUGAUGAAAGUCUUCUUAAAUUUCAGAUAAUUAGAGGAAUAUCUGCUCAAGAAAUACAGAGUGGAAAUGUGAAAUCUGCUAAAUGGUUGUUUGAAACUCAACCUCUUCAUUCAAUUAAAUAUUUUAGUAAUGUGGAAGAAACAGAAAAUAAAGCAGAACAAGUGACAGAUAUUGUUAAAGGGGAUGUCAAAACCUGUAAAUGGCUGUUUGAAACCCAGCCAAUGGAGUCUCUUUAUGAAAAAGUUCCGUUAAUGACUACAAGUGAAGAAAUUCAUAAGGGAGAUGUCAAAAUGUGUACGUGGCUCUUUGAGACGCAGCCUCUUGACACCAUAAGAGAUGGCUCUGAAACAACAGUCUCCUUGCAAACUGCAAAGCAAGAGGAAAUCCAAGGUGGAGAUGUUCGUACAGCGUGUCUUCUUUUUGAGACAGAAAAUUUAGACAGCAUACAAGGAGAGGAAGGAAAGGAAACCAAGGCUGUGGAGGUGGAUAUCCAAGCUGGGGAUGUCUCCAGCAUGAGGUAUAAAUUUGAAAAUCAAUCCUUAGACUCUAUAAGUUCCAGUUCAGAGGAAGUGUUGAAAAAGAUGAAGACACUACAAGCUGAAGACAUUCAGAAAGGCAAUGUCUUAAAGUGUAGGUGGCUCUUUGAAAACCAUCCCAUUGACAUGAUAAAAGAAAGCCAAGAAAGUGAGCGAUUAGUAAAGACAGUGACAGACAUAGAAGGUGGAGAUGUCAGAAAAGGGUGCUUCAUCUUUGAGACUUUUUCUUUAGAUAAGAUUAAAGACGAGUGCGACUGUAUCAGCACCAAGAAAACACAUGCUGAAGAAGUAGUGAAGGGUGAUGUCAAAAGCUACACAAUGCUCUUCGAAACCCAGCCACUCUAUGCAAUUCAAGAUCAAGAAGGGUGCUUUCACGAAGUAACAACCGUUAAAAAAGAAGAUGUGAUUCAUGGAGAUGUGCGAGGAACAAGAUGGCUUUUUGAGACAAAACCAUUAGAUUCAAUUAAUGAAUCACAAACCGUGUAUGUUAUUAAAUCUGUUACACAAGAAGACAUUCAGAAAGGGGAUGUUAGUUCUGUCAGAUACAGAUUUGAAACACAGCCACUAGAUCAAAUCUCAGAAGAAUCCCAUACAAUUGUGCCCACUAUUGACCACAUUCAGGGUGGAAAAGUGAAGACAAACAAACAAUUCUUUGAGGCUGAAAAUUUUGGGAAGAACAAUUAUGUAAGAACUGUAAGUAUCAAUGAAAUUCAAAAAGGCAAUGUUAGAACAUCUAUGUGGCUAUUUGAAACUCACACUGUAGAACAGCUGAGAGGAGAAGGGUCAGAAUAUAAAAAUAUCAAGACAGUUACCCAGGAAGAUGUGCAAAAGGGGGAUGUUAAGCAGGCAGUAUGGCUAUUUGAAAACCGAACUUUGGAUUCAAUUAAAGAUGCGGAAGAAAGCAUCACAAAAGUGGCCAAGGAGGAGAUCCCAGCUUCCGAUGUCAAGACUACCACAUGGCUCUUUGAAACAACACCAAUUCAUGAAUUCAAUGAAAAUAGAGUUGAAAAGGUAGAAAUUAUUGGCAAGAGCAUUAAAGAAACAUUGAAAGAGCUUUACUCUCAAAAAGUUAUUGAAGCUCCUGGAAUUAUCAUUGAAACUGAUGAAGUUGGGGAUGUCCGAAUGGCUAAAUAUAAGCUAAUGAACCAAGAAUCUCCUGAGAUACAGAAAGAAGAAGUUAUUAGGGCCAAUCUUGGAAAUAUAAUGAUGAACUUACUUUCCAAAAAAGACUGCACCAAAAAAGAGAUCAUGGUUAGUGAAGAGGAGAAGGGAAAUGUUAACCUGACUAAAACUCAAUUGUUGAACAGAUCAACUGAAUUUCAUGCUGAAAAAGAAGAGAUAGUGAAAGGUGAUGUGCAAGAGGCAAUAAAAAAACUGUUCGCAGAGGAGAGAUCUGCAAAGAAAGGCAUUUUAAUCCAAGAAGAUGAAAGAGGAGACAUUAACAUGACCAUCUACUGUCUUCUUCAUGAAAACACUGGUGAUAAAAUUAAGCGUGAAGAAGUAAUAGGAGGUGAUGUACGACAUACCAUUCAUAAUCUGUUGUCUUCCACAUCAAACAGUGCAGUCUGUGAGAGGGCUAAAAUUGAUGCCUCAGAGAGAGGAAACGUUCAGUUUUUCACAACAUGCAUAGAAACUGGAGCUUUAGAUUACCUCAAACAACUUCAGACAGGACCAGAUGAAACACUAGCAGCUAGGAAGCAAGAAAGAGAAGAAGAAAUAAUUGGUGUUGAUGUGGAGCAGACAAAAUUCUUGUUGAGGAAAAGGCAGUCUCAGAUUGAACGUACAGUUAAUGAAGCGGACAUCAUUCCGGGAGAUGUGCAUAAUACAGUUAAAGUUUUUAUGACAGAGCCUCCCAGUAUACCUUAUAAGACAACCAAAGAAGAAAUUAUGAAUGAGGACUUGAAAUCAACCCUAAACUCUCUCAGCCAGGACAUAAAUCAGAAAACAGUGACUAAAACGGAAGAAAUAAAAGCUGACAUGCUGGCUACCCUCAAGUCACUCAAGGAGUCAAAGCAACGGUGGCAAGAAUCUAAACAGUUUGACGCCAUCCCUUGUGAUGUUGAGAAAGCAAUUGAAUGCCUUGAAAAAGCUACAAAUACAAAGACUGAAAUACUUAAAAAGGAGCUUAUUCGAGAUGACCUUGAAAUAUCAUUAAGGUCUUUGAAAGAAGCACAAAGGAGUUUCAAAGAGGUAGAUAAAGAAGGCAGAAUUGAAAAACAUGUCCAUGCUGAAACAGUAGGAUCUUCAGAAGAGCAGAAGAUGAAGAUUCAUCAGGGGGCCAUCCAGACGGGCACAGAAAGCAUUCUUCAGCCAAGACCAGGACCACUUGGCCAAGGCAUUCUCAGUCAAACUGAAGGUAAAUCUUGCUAUGGGACUUCCACGGGAGAAAGAAUUGACCUUAGUCUUCCAAAAGCCCCCAAAGGCACUGUAAAGAUUGUUGUAGAUCGUGAACAAAAUAAUGAUGCUCUUGAGAAAAACCUUAGAAAACUUUCUAAUUCAUACCAUGAAACUAUGAGAAAUGUGUUCGAGACAGCUGGCAGAAUGGGUGUUGGAACUAAUACCACCAAAGAACAACAGCUUAGUGAUGAACGCACAACUGGGCAAUUAACCUCAAUGGUUUCCAUGAAGGAAAAUAUAACAACUAAGGAAUCAGACACGGUGAGACAGCUGAUGAAGGAAAGUAUCUUAAGGUCUGCCCAAUCUAUUGACAAAACACUUGGAAAGCACCAAAUUCAAACUGGUGAAGUGAGAAAUGACCACCAGAAGACUGAGUCUUUCUACAUAAAAAAUCCUAAAAAGACUAAGAACAUUAACGUAUCAACAGAGAUGCGAAGUCCCACACCUGGUCCCACCCAGCAUCCAGUUACCAUGCAAGUUGGAGAAGCAUAUGAAGUUACAAAAGGUUUUCAGGAGCAAACUAUGAUAAAACAAGAAAUGCAGUAUCCUAAUAAGGAUAUGAAGAAAGAUAAGAAGAACUCUCAUUCUUUUCCUGUAAAUCAAAGCAUAUCCAAUGUAACAGAGGAGAAAGUCUUUGAAAAAAGUCACAAUAAAUUCAAAGCAACUGACAAAAAGCAGAAAACUGAUGUUUAUCUGGAAAGCCAGGACUUUUUAAUGAAGACAAAUACUUCGAAAGACUUAAAAAUGGCAAUGGAAAGGUCCUUCAAUCAGAUCAACUUUAACCCUGAGCAUAAUGAGAGAGAAAGUGAAUGCUCCCUACCACCUCCAUCCCCACCUCCUCCUCCACCCUCCAAUGCAUCAUCUGAAAUUGAAUUUCCUCUUCCCCCUCCACCUCCUUUAAACCUGUUGCCUGAAAAAAAUGAGUUUCCUCCUCCACCUUCCACAGAGAAGAUAAGGGCUGAAUUCAAAAGCUUCCCAGUCUUGCCUCUUCCUCCACCACCAGUAGAUGAGAAAUCUGAAAGAAAAUGUCUGUCUGAGUCUCUACCACCUCCACCUCCUCCAACUCCAUCUCACAAAUCAGCACAUCUUCUUUCCUCCUCUGUUCCUGAAAAACAUAGUGAAGCAUUCAUCCAACAAUAUUCCCAAAAAGAAGCUGCAAGCUCUCAGAAAACUUAUUCUCAUGCUAAAGUCAUAAAAGGUAAAACACCACCUCCCACUUUGCCCAAGCCUAAAUUCUCCAAGUUAAUCAAAGAUGAAAAGAAUCACCUUUCUCCUAAAGGUGAAUUGGAAAAUGCCCUAUCAAACAUGGAAUAUAAAACUACUCCCUUUAAACGUCAGGAAACAACGAUGGUGACAGCUAGCAGGGAGCACACAGACACAAGGCACGGUAUAUCGAGAAAAAGUCUUGAUGAAAAAAUGCAAUCGUCUGUUGCUUCUCCUAAGUCUCUCUCCCAGACAGUAACAGAAACUUCAGCACUCAAUGGAGAACAGAAAGCACCUCUCAUAAAAUCUCAUUCAUUUCCAGAAAGUUCAAGUCAACAAAGUCCAAAACCUUACAUGAGAAAAUUUAAGACACCUUUAAUGAUUGCUGAAGAAAAAUACAGACAACAAAGGGAAGAGCUUGAAAAACAGAAAAAGGAAAGUUCUUGCUACAGCAUUGUCAAAAAUGAAAGCUCAAGUCAAAAGAUAUCAGAGUUGGAAAAGGAAAUGCUGUUAGAAACAGCAUACAAGGAAAUACCCUCACUCAGAAUGGAUUCAGAGCUCACUGUGGGUCAACCCAACCAAGUUGCCCAGAAUGAUAAUGCUCAAGUGUGUUCUGACAAGGAGUCUUCCACAACAUCAGCAGAGACAGUUACUGUCAAUAGACAACAGCAUCUUCUAGCAGUCUCAGAAGACAAAAACAACAUGAAAAAGGAAGUGUUACAGAGUUCAAGGGGUCUUAAACAAUCUAGAUCAGCUUUAGAAACUAACCAGAGUCUCCAAGAAUAUAGCACACAUGAAAAACAACAGAAGUGUGUGGAGCAUUUGAAUAUGCACCAAAGCAAACCAGCUUCUCCAACUUUUAAAGUUAAAACCAUCAAGCUCCCAACUCUAAAUCAGACAUUAAAUAAAACAGACCACAGCUGUGAAAGCCAUGUGAAACAAUCUGCGGUUGAUGCUCAAGCCAUUACCAAACAACAGUACCAAGAAACUGAGAAAACGGAAGCAAAUGCAGUAUUUCAUAAUAAGCAAUCGGUGGCUGAACAGUUUUAUCAAUUACCUAAGAAGGAGAAAAGAGUGACAGUACAAAUGCCUACAGAGUCUGCAGCAAAGAGCCAGGAAAACGAGUUCAAGAUUAUUCUUGAGAAGCAAAGAGAAUGUAGGGAAUCUGACAGAGAGAAACUUCUAGGAAGUGAAGAAAAAAGUCAAGGGUCAUUGGUAAUCAGUCCUGAAGAGGACAUAUUAAUGGUUGAAAGAAAACAAGGAUACUUGAGAAAUGGGUCAUCAACAAAGGUAGUGAAGCCAAAGGUUAUUGAUGUACAUCUGGAUUCACAGACUCAGAAUUUCCAGCAAACACAUACACAGACUUCAGAAAGUCAAGUUGAACAUAAAAAAUCCUCACAGCUAUAUAAUAGUCUGCAGGAAAAGAAAUAUCUCAGAGACAGAGGCAUACAGCAGAAACAAGCCUUCUCUAAUGCUAAAGAUUCAAGGCAUGAGAUUUCACAGAACAAAUCUCCAUUUUCCUCUGUGAAAGAAUCUCAGCAGGAUGAUGGAAAAUGUGCUGUAAAUAUAUUGGAGUUCUUGAGAAAACGUGAAGAACUACAACAGAUUUUGUCUAGAGUAAAACAGUUUGAAGCAGAGUCAAAUAAAAAUGGCCUUAAAACAUUUCAGACACUGCUAAAUAUUAUUCCUGUAUGGCUGAUAAGUGAGGAAAAAAGAGAAUAUGGAGUUUGCGUUGCCACAGAGAGUAAUUUAGAAAAAGUCAAAGAAGAAAUAACACAUAUUAAAACGCAAGCAGAGGAUAUGCUUGCGUACUGUGAAAAUAUAAUUCAAACAGCCACGAUAGCCUCCCAAACAGGAAGGCAGGGAAAUAAGCUUACCACUCUUAACGAAACAUCAUUGAAAGUUUCUCAUACUAAUGCAAGCUCUAAGGAAAACGAUGAACCAAAAGAAAAUAACAUGGCAAAAGAAAACAUAGGGCACCACCAAGUAGCAACUCACAAGGAAGCAUCUGCUUCUAAUUAUGCAAAAGCCCAUCACAAAAUUAAGGCAGGUGAUAGCAAGAGCUCUCCUCCCUCUUUAAAAAGUCGCCCACCAUCACCUACUUUUAUAACAAUCGAGUCUUCUGCCAGACGAACAGAAACGCCUCCUAAAAAUGAGCUUUCUCAGUUGCCUUCAAAGGAUAGCUGUGUGGAAAACCCACCCGAAAGACCAGUAUCACAUACAGCUAGAAUUCACAGGGCCAACACCUCCCCUUCUCCACCUAGGAGCCGCUCUGAACAACUCGUCAAACUCAAAGACACCACUGCAAAGUUAUCCAGAGGGUCCAUCCCACGUACACCAGUAACUACAGUUCCCAUUGUAGAGAAGAGGUCUGAGAUUGUCAUGUCUCCAGCAUCACUUCGUCGUCAAAUUAAGAUAGAAAGUUGCAGUAGAGACUCUCCACCUACAAUCACAAUACCUGUGAGUAUAAAUCAUGUCAGCAAUGGUUCCUAUGGAGAAUCCAUGCAAGCUCAAGAGGAAGUGAGGACAGUAGAGAAAAGGGCAACAUACGUUCAUAAAGAUGGAGUGAAUUCCAUUAAUGGCAUGGUGCCUGACACCGAAAGUUAUGAUGCAGUCGAAAUCAUCCGCAAAGUGGAGGUGCCUUGUCAGUCCAAACGCCCUCAGAGAUAUGAAGCAGCCAAUCGAACUAUUCAAAUGGCUGAAAAUUUCAUGAAUAGCCACAAAAAUGAUAUAAACAAAUGGUUUGAGGAUGGCCCAAUUUUUGAAGCAAAAUCACAUAGAGUUUAUGCAAAUGGAGAUGUCAACCGUAACAUACAGCAGGAAAGUCACAUGUUUUGUAAGGAGGAAUUUGGAUCAACAUCCUUAGAAGACACUGAUUUUACAGGCUUUUUUUACAAACAUCCUAGAGCACUCCAAGAACAAAAUCCUGCUCAAGAGCACAAAGUACACUCUGAAACAAGGUCUCUAAGAGAACACUGCUCGGGCGUGGGUGCCUUUGAGAAUCAGGUUGUUGGGUCAAAGGUAGCAUCCUCAUCAUCACACAGCUCAGAGGCUGGCAAAUCUGGCUUUGACUUCAGGCAUGCCCCGCCAACCUAUGAAGACGUCAUUGCUGGCCAUAUUUUAGACAUCUCUGAUUCACCUAAAGAGCUUCGGAAGAAUUUUCAAAAGGCGUGGCAAGAGAGCGAAAGAGUUUUUGAAAGCCUAGGAUAUGCAGCCUCAGACGCUUCUGCCACUGAGAUGGGAAGCACCUUCCAGGAGGAAUCUGCAUUUAUGAAUGAAACAACUGUUCCAAGACAAAGAAACAUGCACACUAUGUCAAAAGACAGUUUAUCCAAUGGAAUGCCUAGUAACAGACAAGCAGAGUUUUCAUAAAUCGUGCUUCCGAUGCCACCAUUGCAACAGUAAACUGAGUUUGGGGAAUUAUGUAUCACUUCAUGGACAAAUAUACUGUAAACCUCACUU